AUGUUAGAUCAUAACACCCGGGGUCGGCAGGCCGUCAUCCUCUCGAGUGUGUUCAGCGCUUUUGCUACCUUGACGGUGCUUUUGCGAUUGUAUACUCGCUUAUUCGUUAUUCGCUAUCUUGGGGUUGAAGAUUACUUCGUCUCCAUUGCUCUGGUAUGCUCCAUCGGUCUCAAUAUCUGCAUCGGCAUUCCCUGUGGAUUCGCUAUACUCCUUGAAGGUACGCACAUUGCUACAGUGAUACUGCAACCGCUUAUUAUUUUCGUCAAGGCUUUCUACGCGAGUCUCAUCGUUUACUACCUCUCACUCGGCUUCACCAAGGUUUCCAUCCUUCUACAAUAUCGCCGCGUAUUCUCCACGAGGAAGUUCCAGAUUGCCUGUGAUGUCGUCCUGGCGGUCGUCGUGGUCUACGCUUUCUGGACCGUCUUGAGCUCCAUCUUCGGAUGUAAGCCAAUUCAAGCCUUCUGGACGCUGAAGCAUCCGUUCAAAUGCCUGGACCAGUUCACGGUAUGGUUCUUCAACGGCGCCAUGAACAUCUUGACAGACCUUUCCAUCAUUGUGCUACCAAUGCCGGUCAUUCGCAAGCUCAACCUACCCCGAAGGCAGAAGCAGGCGCUCAUCGGAAUAUUUGCCAUCGGUGGCUUCGUCUGCUUGGUAUCCAUAUUGCGCCUCCAAUCGCUUGUCGCGAUAUCCAACUCACCCGACCCCACUUAUAACAACCCACCAGCGGCAACAUGGUCCUCCAUUGAGACCAACGUUGGUAUCAUAUGCUCCUGCCUCCCCUGCUUGCGUCCUCUUGUGACUCGCUACCUGCCUGGCGUCUUUUCAAACACAUCUAGCCGCUCCGAACAGAGCGGCAAAUCCAAGGAAGUCCGUCGUGGAUCACGCAAUACAUUCAGUAGGCGUACAGGUGAAGCGAGCACAAACGUCUCCACGGUGAAAUCGGAAGACAUGUUUGAUAUGAACCAAUUUGACGACCGAGAGUCGAUCAUCCGCGUUGUGAAGGAAGUCCAUAUCACUGUGGAAAACAGGCAGACUGGGGCGCAUGUGAAAGAAGAUGUUUGA